CAGCUAUGCAGGCUGCCGCGUGGGCGGGCGAUGUUGAAACCAUCCAUGUUCUUCUGGAAGCGGGCGCCGACAUUACAAUCAGCGAACCUAUUUCCGGCACGUACGGGACAGCUCUAGAGGCCGCAUGCGCUGCUGGCUGGUUGAAUGUUGUCCAACUACUCCUGAAACACAACGCUGCAGUCAAUGUUCGACCAGCCAAUGGCAUUUUUGGUGGAGCCUUGUCUGCUGCAGCAGCUGGUGGUCAUGGAAAGAUUGUGAAGCUUCUCCUCAGACACUAUGCCGACGUAAAUGCUGUUGGAGGCCUGCAUGGGUUUCCCAUUCUUGCCGCUGCCCAGUCUGGCGUCCUGUCCGUAGUUCAACGCUUGCUCGACAAGGGCGCGAACAUCUCGGCUUCAGGAGGAUUAUACGGAUCGACUGUGGCAGCUGCAGUCAAAGGUAACAACUUGGACGUAUUCAACGAGCUCAUAGAACGCGGGGCAGAUGUUCAUGCGACCGGAGGAAAAUACGGCGAUGCCCUCCAGACCGCCGCCAUGAAGGCUGAUAUCUCCAUUGUCACCGAGAUCCUUGACAGAGCAGUUGAACUUGUUAAUCAUAAAGCAGGCAAGUAUUAUACGGCUCUGAUUGGAGCCUCCUACUUUAAUCGCCUGGACGUGGUCACCAAGUUGCUAGACGCAGGAGCAGACUUUCGAGUACAAGGAGGACGGUAUCGGAGUGCUAUCACUGCGGCUUCAAUCCGGGGCAACAAGACCAUUCUGGACCGUUAUCUAUCCAUGAAACCUCCGGAUUACUUACUGGACGAAGCAAUUGUCGAAGCCUGCGCAUACCGUCAAUCAGCUUGUGUAGAUGCAUUGCUCAAAGCAGGUGCUAAUGUCAACACUCGUCACCCAGUUCGUGGAUCCGCAUCAGAAGCAAUAGAUGCUCCUGCAGAGGAAGACGUAAACUCCGAUCUUGAAGAAAUGGAAUUUGAUCCAGACGAAGAAACAGAAGAAGGCGAAGAGGAAGAGGAAGACAACGAAUGGGAAGGUGACAAUGUGUCAGUGUCUGGUCAGACAGACGAGGGCAGUGUUACGGAUCUACAAUUGGAAGAAGAUGCGUCCGAGGAAGCAAAGAUCCGAAAGCUAUUGAGAGAAGCUCAAGACCGCUGCAAACGCAACCCGACCGUCAAGCGGUUCAGGACCGUAAAAUACCAGAACCUCCCACCGAGCCUCAGUGUGGGAUUGCCCACACGUACAUCGGUACCACCGCUGCCUUCAAAUGCGAUGAAUAACAUCUCCAAAGCAGGGGAUGCUGCAGAUCAUUAUGGCAUGCGACAUAGCGAGGUCUCUGAGAAGUCUUGGAGUCUACCUCUCCAUCCGCUACGCGAGGAUGCAGAGACGGAACCACAGGCUGGGUUUUUCACUCAAGACUCUUAUGGAGGUGCAAAAGAAGGUCCAUAUUCUGCUCCUAUAUUCACCCGGAACGAUGAUGUAGUUUCGUCGCCCAUAUCUUUGCAUCCGCGAUCAACAGAAGAGAUCUCUUCAGGGCGUCAGUCUCUUCCAGCACAACGACAACAUCCAACAACAA